AUGAGCCGGGAGUGGGUGGGGCGUUCGGCGCGAGCGGAGUGGACAGUACGGGGGUGUUGCGCAGGCACGGCGACGGGGCGCAAGGGCAGUAUGUGGGCGGCGGUGCCCGUGGCCCAGGGGGUGGCGGGGGUGGACGACGACGAUGGGGUGCAGCUGGGGCCGGGGCAGCUGCCGCCACGCAGCGCCCUGCUCCCGCCGCUGCACGCGGAGAUCAACAUCAGCAUCAUCAUGAUCAAGGGGCAACUCGAACUCGAGGUAUCUCACGCCCGCCGUGUGUACGGCGUCAACGGCGAAGUGCCCGACUCGUACGUCAAGUGCUACUUGCGCGACGGAGACAAAUGGCUUCAUAAGCGCAAAACGCGCGUCGUCCGCCGCACCACAGAGCCGCAUUUCAAGCAGACUCUGAAGUAUCAGGCAAGCGACGCGCUCGGGCGCACGCUGGUGGUGAUGCUGUGGCAGCGGUGCGGCGGCUUCGAGCACAACCUCGCGUUAGGUGGCGUCGAGAUCUGCCUCGACAAGCUGACCCUGCCGCAGCGCACGUACGGCUGGUACCCGCUGUUCCCCGCCACGUCGCUGGCGGCCGACGAGUCGCCCGAC